CUCUCGCCAUCUGCCAUGGACAACGGGUCGUGCUGCCUCCUUGAGGGGGACCCCAUCUCCCAGGUGAUGCCACCACUGCUCAUCCUGGCCUUUGUGCUGGGUGCCCUGGGCAAUGGGAUUGCCCUGUGUGGUUUCUGCUUUCACAUGAAGACCUGGAAGCCCAGCACUAUUUACCUUUUCAACUUGGCCGUGGCCGAUUUUCUCCUCAUGAUCUGCCUACCCUUGAGGACAGACUACUACCUCAGACAGAGACACUGGGCUUUUGAGGAUAUUCCAUGUCGUCUGGUGCUCUUCAUGCUGGCCAUGAACAGGGCAGGGAGCAUAGUCUUCCUCACGGUGGUGGCUGUGGACAGAUAUUUCAAAGUGGUCCAUCCCUGCCACAUGGUGAAUACCAUCUCCAACCGGACUGCGGCUGGCACUGUCUGUCUCCUCUGGAUGUUGGUCAUCUUGGGGACUGUGUAUCUUCUGAUGGAGAGCCAUCUGUGUGUACAGGAGAAGGUGCUGUCUUGUGAGAGCUUCAUCAUGGAAUCAGCCAAUGGCUGGCAUGACAUCAUGUUCCAGCUGGAGUUCUUCCUGCCCCUGGCCAUCAUCUUAUUCUGUUCCUUCAAAGUUGUUUGGAGUCUGAGACAGAGGCAGCAGCUGGCCAGGCAGACUCGGAUGAAGAGGGCCACCCGCUUCAUCAUGGUGGUUGCUGCUGUGUUCAUCACCUGCUACCUGCCUAGCGUUCUGGCCAGACUGUAUUUCCUCUGGACGGUACCCUCUAGUGCCUGCAACCCUUCUGUCCACAUAGCCCUCCACAUCACCCUCAGUUUCACCUACCUAAACAGCAUGUUGGAUCCUCUGGUAUAUUAUUUUUCAAGCCCUUCAUUUCCCAAAUUUUAUGCCAAGCUCAAAAUCUGCAGUUUGAGACCCAGACACCCAGUACGCUCAAAGACACGAAGGUCCGAAGAGAUGCCAAUUUCGAAUCUCUGUCGUAAGAGUUGCAUCGAUGUGGCAAAUAGUUCCCAAAGGCCAUUGGGCAGCCAGUAGGCUCUCCAAGUGUGCUGAAUGGCACUAACAUAAGGAGGCCAACAUUGUCAAGACAGAGAGAUGGGGCAACUGUGAGUUAAUUCCUGCUGAAGGGUGGGGGACUUUGAGAACGCCAGCAGUCUGUCUUGUAUGUAUCUUCUCAUUCAGAAAUGAAAUCCAUUUUUUUGGAUUUCAUUUAUGGAAGGUUCCAGUGGAUUGAAGUGAGUUUAUUAUGUAUAUAUCGUCUGGUU